AAACACUAAAAAACAGAGGAACUUGAGUUUGACUUCUCUUCCGAGUUCAACAAGAAACACAGAGGUCUGAACUGAGAAACACCACCACGACGGUACUCUGAUCGCCCUCAAAACGUACCAAUGGCAAGCAGAUACACUUACGAUGAUUCAGCAGCAACAGUAGCAGCUGCGCCUGGUAUAUCUACUGUAUCAAGCUCAGACGCGUCAAUAAACGACCAGGAUCGUUGCCGGCCUACCCACCAAGUCACAUAUUCAGACGAUGAAGACUACCAAUAUGCGUAUUCCGACAAUUACGACACAGCAUCUUCACAUGGUGAGAAAUACUAUGAAGUGGCAUAUCCUGAUGACCAAGAUUAUAUGGAUGCAUAUUCAGACGAUGAUGAUGAUGAUGAACAUGAACAUGAAAAUUUCCAGGAAUUAUGCUCAGAUGAUAACGAUUACGACACAGCAGAUGAUGAAUAUGAUGAGGAAAAGCCAGAUGAUGAUUACCCAAAAACCAAGGUUUCCAGCUGCCUUCAUCAACCUUCUCUCACAGGGGAAUCUGAACCGUAUGCACCCUUAACAGAUAGCAUGGAGGUACUCAUUAGAAAACUGAACUCUCCUCUCUUUAGAAAGAUCUCGAGUAUGGCGGCUGAUUUGGGAGUUGAAGAAGGAAAUAUCACCAGGUGUUCUUAUAUUGAAACUCUAGUGAGAUUGAAGAAAGCAGUUUUGGGUGUUCGGUUUGAGCUCAGUGAUGCACAAAAUAGGAAUUUGGGGGAAUUUGAAUUCUGUGGAAAACUCGGAGAUGUGGCUUGCAACAUUGAUAAGAUACUGGACGACAUUGCGUGCUCUGUUUUGCGCUCAAAUCUGACAAAAUUGGGGCCAGAGCAAGAAUCCAGGAUGGUGGAAAUUCUCGAUAUUACCAUUGAUGCUUACAAGAUGAAAAUGAAUGCAAGCAUCUCCGAAUUGGAAGACGCAGUAGAAAAAUUGAAAGGGAAAACUGAAAAUGAAUCACGAAGACGCCGGAUAUUUGAAGCUUUACCGGAAAAUUUGAAGAGGUGUGUUUUUUAUGCUUGUCUGUUCCCCAAAAAUUAUAUAUUUGAGAAGGAUACGUUGGUCCAGUUAUGGGUGACAGCAGGGUUAAUUGAGGCCGGAAUAGAACGAAUGGAGGAUCCUGGUAACAAGUAUUUAAGGGAAUCAUUGUACCCUUAUUUCUUCGAGGAGUCAUCACUUGAUCAUGGUUACACAGUACACGAUGAUGUCUAUGAUCUACUACAUCUACAUCCUGGCCAUGAAUUUGCUAGAGUGGAGCAUGACAGAUUCGAUUGUAUCACUGAAAACACUCGAUUUUCGUCUUUUCUUUGCGGGGAUUUUGGUCCUGAAACUCUUGAAUCCUUGUCGAAAGCCAAGAUACUACAGACACUUCUGUUACUACAUGACCAGAGAAGAUGCAUGGAGCAAAUUCCAUCUGAAACGUUUUCAAAAUUGAGAUUCCUCCGCGUUUUAGAUUUAAGUGGGACUCACAUCUUGAAGCUUCCAAGUUCUAUCAAAGAAUCAAAAGAUCUGCGUUACCUCGAUCUCUCCAAUACUCCCAUCAAUAAGCUCUCGAAAUCAGUGGGUGACCUACAAAAUCUACAAGUACUGAAACUCAGGCAUUGUAAGAAGCUUGUCGAGUUACCCAAUACCUUUAGAAAACUCACCAGCCUUCGGUAUCUCGAUUUCGAUGUGAUUCACCAGUUGACUUCUAUGCCUCCAGGAAUGAGGAGUCUGAUAAAUCUGGAAAAGAUGAGCGGGUUUAUUGUUGGAAGAGGGAACGAAUUUCAAAUCCAGGAAUUGAAGAAAAUGAAAAGGCUUCGAGGAUCAAUUUGCAUUUCCAAGCUCGAGAAUGUGAGAGGCCGCGGCGGAGCUCUGAAGGCAAACCUGAGGGGAAAGCGACAACUUCUAAACCUAGAGUUCCGAUGGAGUAAGUUAGAGGAUUCAUCUGAGGAGGUCCUUGAAGGCCUCGAACCCAACGAAAACCUCAGAGUGUUGAAGAUUAUAAGCUACGGUGGAGUGAAUUUCCCAAUUUGGCUAGGGGAUUCAAAAUUCUCUAAACUUGAGAAAAUCUCUCUGAGUAAUUGUAGGAACUGUACCCGUCUCCCUCCUCUAGGACAACUCCCAUCGCUGAAGUCGUUGUCCAUGUCGGAAAUGCAUGCAGUUAAACAAAUCGAUCAUCAGUUUUGUGGAGAUGAGUUCAUGAAAGCAUUCCCAAAAUUACAGACAUUAGAAUUUGAUGGCAUGUCGUGUUUGGAGGAGUGGACGGUAAUCAAAGCUGGUGAAAUGCCUCUUCUCAGUAAACUUACCGUUGUUGACUGCCCCAACCUGGUCACUCUUUCAGUGCUUUCAUGCUUCAAAUCCCUUGAACAUUUAGAAAUAAUUUUUUGCCCUAAGCUUCAAUCCUUACCAGAGGGAGGACUUCCAGAAAUUAAAACAUUGGUUAUUAUAGGGUGUCCAGUACUUGCAGAAUGGUUUACCAAACAAGGCAAAGAUAGGAGCAAAAUAGCAGGCACCCCAGAUAUAUGGAUUGAUUACAAACAGGUCUCCACAAUAAACACUACAGAGGAGCCUACAGAUGAAAGAACCAAAGCAGAAGAUGUGGCAAUUGGUCAGACUGAAGGGGAUUUUCACAACUUGACAUCUCUACUUUGUACGGAACAAAGGGACUUCCUCGUGCAGAACAACGGAAAGCAAGUUAGAGUUCAGGAAUUUAUGGGAAAAUUUGUGGGGUUGUAUUUUGCAGGCUGGUGGCACAGUGCAGUUCAUUGGUUCACCCAAAUUUUAGUAGAGACCUACAAUGAUCUCUACCAUAAAAAUGAUUUUGAAGUCAUCUUUGUCUCAUCAGACAAAGACAAUGAAUCAUUCAUUCAGCAUUUCUCCAAAAUGCCAUGGUUUGCUGUUCCAUUUUCUGAUGCCAUGACCCGUGAUCGACUCCAUGAAGUGUUCAAAGUUAACAACAUCCCAAGCCUUGUGAUACUUGAUAAGAAGGGAAGGGUUUCUAGUUAUAAUGGUGCUUGGAUUGUCAGGGUACAUGGAGUACAAGGCUAUCCAUUCACACCAGAAUGGAUAGAAAAGCUACAAGAGGAUGAAAAGGUAGUGAGAAAGGAGCAGUCCUUACUCUCUAUCAUGACUUCCAUUUCUGAUCACUUGAUUUCAAAUGAGAGAAACAAGGUUCCCAUCUCAGAGCUUCAACAGAAGGUGGUGGGCAUGUAUUUCACAACUACUUCUGAGGUGGAAUGCCUUGAUUUUACUGCAAAACUCGUGGAAGUUUAUAAGGAACUGAAGAAUAAAGGAGAAAGUUUUGAGGUCAUUUGGAUCUCCCUAGGUAACAGUCAAGAAUCCUAUGAAAAUGGCUUUAGAAAUAUGCCUUGGCUUGCCUUUCCCUUUGAAGACAAGAGCUACAAGAAGUUGUAUCCAUAUCUUGAACUUACAACCCUUCCAACUUUAGUUGUGCUAGGGCCUAAUGGGGAAACACUCAAUUCCAAUGCUGUUGAUCUGGUCAGAGAAUAUGCUGCUCUGGCCUACCCAUUUUCACAGAAAAACUUAAUUGAACCUGAAGAGAUGGGGAACUUAAAUCCCAAUCAACAGUCACUUGAGUCAAUUUUGGUUUCUGGAGAAAAAGAUUUUGUGAUCAGAAAUGAUGAUGCUAGGAUUCAUGUGUCUGAACUUGUUGGAAAAAGUAUUCUGUUCUAUUUCUCUGCACAGUGGUUCCCUCCUUGCCGUGUUUCUCUACAAAAGCUGAUUAAGGCAUACCAUGAAAUUAAGCACAAGGAUGAUGAAUUUGAAGUGAUAUACAUAUCAUAUGAUACUGAUCUUGCAUCAUUCAAGGAAUUCUUUUCUGGUAUGCCAUGGUUGGCACUCCCCUAUGGUGAUGACAGAGAGAAAUUACUUAGUCGCAAAUUCAAGAUUGAAGGCAUCCCUACAGUUGUAGCAAUAGGACAAACUGGAAGGACCAUCACAAAAAAUGCCUGGGAUCAUCUUAUGGUUCAUGGUGCUAAUGCUUACCCCUUCACAAGUGAGCACUUGAAGGAGAUGGAACAAUAGGCACUUGGAAUAUUUGACAUCUAGGUGUAGAUGGUAAAGCACAGUCUUCAUGUGGAGCAAAAUUCAUUCCUACUAAAGGAUAGAUCUGUCUUGGUUACAGGAGGGAGAUUUAUGAUUCUACCACAUCGAACCUUGAACAAGCUCUCUGCUUACGAGUCACCCAAGGGCCUGGAGUCAGCUGGAAAUGCAAAACCAAGGGCUGGUUGAUAAUCUCAAGGAUAGAAGAAUCUGGACUAAGAAAUUGAAAAAAUUACAGAAAGUACGGACAGGCCUAAUGCAGAUUUCAGAUUCCCACUGCAAAGCUAUAA